UAUCCCGUUUCCAAUCUAACAUAAUAUGUUAUAAAUGAGAAUAGAAAAACCAGGCUUAGAAUCGAUAUAGAAUAAGAAAAGUAGCAAACAGAAAUGGGUCGUGCAGAAAAAAUCAGGAUGACCAGGAGGAGUAGUUGCCUGAAUUUGCUUCUAUGUCUUACGGUAGUCAUGUGUUUCUUUUCACAUACUGCUAUUGCUGCAAUGAAAUGCAAAUCUGGUGAGACAUUUGCAUCAACUGGCACUUUGGUUUGCCUCACUUGCAACCCUCAAUGUGCAAGCGCUUGUCCCAAGGGAAGUACAGUUACCAAAACCAAUUGUGUUCCAAUCAGGUUCCUAGACACACCUUUGUGUGAGUGUUGCUGUAAAAUGCCACCACCACCACCGCCUCCAUCACCACCACCACCUUCACCCCCACCGCCUCCGCCAUCACCACCACCACCAUCACCACCCCCACCGCCUCCAUCACCACCCCCGCCAUCACCACCACCACCACCACCAUCUCCAUCACCACCCCCACCAUCACCACCACCACCGUCACCAUCACCCCCACCAGCUCCCAGCUGCCCUCAAGUCUGUCCAAGUGAGUUCGAGUUCCAAUCGUCACCUGAUCAGCCACCGUGCACAUAUAAGCUGGCUAGUCAGAUCAUGAUUAUGUAAUAGGAUUGUCCAUUAGCUAGCUAGCUAAAUAUACUAUUAGAGCUAGCUUAGUGUUAUGUUAUCAAUCUGGUGAUGUUGUAUUUGCAUUGUGUUUUGAAAUAAGAAUGUGAUGUGUCCGUAAUAAUUGCUAGUAAAUGGUAAGAAGUUACUUGGAUCAUGACGAGGGAUUCAGUAAGUCUUACUAGCUAGUGAACAUUAUCAUGUAUCGUGUUUCCUAAAUGUUUAUUCGUAUGAUGAACCCACAAAUUAAGAGCAUUUUUCUGGUUUCACUAGC